UUGAGCAAACUCUAGUCUCUACUUCAACUUUUCCGUGUCUAGAAAUGGUUUCCCCAAACAAAAACGAUAAGAUUCACAUGCUUCCGAUUUCAGACGCAUCGUCAUCUUCAUCUCAGACUAGGGUUUUCACUUCCAGGACUCGUAGCGUUCCUCUCUCAAACCCUACUGGCAACUCGAAUGCUGCGACUUUAGGCUACGCAGGUUCUCUUCCGAGCCAACGUCCUCCUUUAUUCCCAGUGACUGGCCCUCUUUCCUCUUCUACUCGUAGACCUGAACCUCUCUUCCCUCGUCCUGCUCAUCCCCCUACUCGAAGAUCUUCUGGCUUUUUUGGUGACCUGGAAGAGGUAAACUCCUCAGACAACGAUGAGUUAUUGAAACACGCACAUCGCCUGAGAUCUGGAAAGCUGGGGAUGUGUAACGAUCCUUACUGUACCACUUGCCCUUCUAACUAUAACCCCAAAGCAUCCCGGCUUCCCAAUCCAACUGUUUCUGCUUCCACGUUCCAUAAUGCCUUGUAUGAUGAUGCUAGAAGUUGGGCUAGGCGAUUUGCUUCUUCUGUUAAUAGAUGCUUACCUGGAAUCAUGAAUCCUCAUUCCAAAUUCGUUCAAAUAUGGACUAAGUUCUUUGCCGUCUCAAGCUUGUUAGCCAUUUUUAUAGACCCCCUCUUCUUCUUCAUCAUAUUAGUCCAAAAGAACAACAAAUGCAUAGUGAUUGAUUGGCCGAUUGCUACCGCAUUUGUUAUUGUUAGAACUCUGACGGAUGUUAUAUUCUUUGCUAACAUGCUGCUUCAGUUCCGACUGGCAUAUGUAGCUCGUGAGUCUACGGUAGUUGGUGCUGGCCAGUUGGUUGAUCGUCCCAAAAAAAUUGCUCUCCAUUACUUUCGAGGAUAUUUUAUCGUAGACAUGAUCAUAGUGAUGCCAUUUCCACAGGUAUUGGUACUAUCGGUAAUACCAGCACAGUUAGCCAUAUCCGGGACAAACUAUGCGAAAAACCUUUUACGUACUGGAAUUCUUGUCCAAUACAUUCCAAAGCUAUAUAGACUUCUACCACUGCUUGCUGGACAAACACCAACAGGCCUCAUAUUUGAGUCAGCUUGGGCUAACUUUGUUAUUAAUCUUCUCACCUUCAUGCUUGCUGGACAUGUUGUCGGCUCGUGCUGGUAUCUUUUUGGUCUGCAGAGAGUUAACCAAUGCCUUCGAAAUGCUUGUGGUCAUUCUGGGCGUGAAUGUAGAGGUCUUAUUGAUUGUGGCCAUGGAAAUAGUAAUAUAUCAGCAUCCCUACGAGCUAUCUGGAGAAAUAGUGCGAGUGCAAAUGCUUGUUUCCAAGAAGAUGGGUUUUCUUACGGAAUAUAUUUGAAAAUGGUCAAUCUUACAACUCAUACUAGUCUCUUGACAAGAUAUAGUUACUCUUUGCUAUGGGGAUUUCAGCAAAUUAGCACGCUUGCUGGAAACCAAGUCCCAAGCUACUUUUUCCCUGAGGUCGUUUUUACUAUGGGUAUCAUCGGACUGGGACUUUUGCUUUUCGCGCUUCUUAUUGGUAAUAUGCAAAACUUCCUUCAGUCUCUCGGUAAAAGGAGCUUGGAAAUGACGCUAAGACGGCGUGAUGUAGAGCAGUGGAUGAGCCAUAGACGGUUGCCAGAAGGGAUAAGAAAGAGGGUGCGAGAGGCAGAGCGUUUCAAUUGGGCUGCUACCAGAGGAGUUAACGAAGAGUUGCUCUUUGAGAAUAUGCCUGAUGACCUUCAAGGAGAUAUAAGAAGACACCUCUUCAUAUUUCUCAAGAAAGUAAGAAUAUUUUCGUUGAUGGAUGAAUCAAUUUUAGACUCAAUACGUGAGAGGCUGAGACAGAGGACAUACAUAAGUGGUAGCACAGUCUUGCACCGCUGGGGUCCGGUGGAGAAAAUAGUUUUCAUAGUGAGAGGUGAGAUGGAGAGCAUUGGAGAAGACGGUUCUGUUCUUCCUCUAUCAGAAGGAGACGUUUGUGGUGAAGAACUUCUCACUUGGUGCCUUGAACGCUCUGCUGUAAACCUCGAUGGGAGGAUGCUUUCCAAGGGAUUGCUUAGCAGCAGAAAUGUUAAGUGUGUGACAAACGUGGAGGCGUUUUCGCUGAGUGCAGCAGACCUUGAGGAUGUAACGAGCUUGUUCUCGAGAUUCUUAAGGAGCCAUCGAGUCCAAGGAGCCAUAAGAUACGAGUCUCCUUAUUGUAGGCUACGAGCAGCUACGCAGAUUCAAGUGGCUUGGAGAUACAGAAAGAGACGGCUCCAGAAGUUCAGCACUGCUCAAAAGAAACAAUAUUCGUCAGAGUUAAUCAAAAAAGACAUGGCGAAAACAUAGAAAGAGAUGCAAGAUAACUGCUUCAUUUUAUUCACUCAACAUGUAUUUCAUUUUGCCGCUAAAGUG